AUGGGUGUUGGGAUGCAAGAUACGAAUGGCAUACGACUGAGGUUGAUUUCGAAUGUGUCGAUGCUUGAUGCUUUCAAUAAUGCAUCCUCACAUGCCAAACUUGAAAAGAAAUUGAAUCUACUAAUCGCCGAAGUCCGUGCUGGGAAACGCGAAGGCUCUGUCAUUUCGACCCAAACAUUCGAUACCACUGCUGAGAACGACCGUGAGACACGGGAAGCUCUGCGUAGGGAACUAGAAGACGUUGGUAUAUUUCCAGGAGUCAGUAUUCAGAAGCGGCAAUUCAUUGUCGCCUGGUUUCAAGAGGCCGUAGCGGCGGGUAAACUUGAAGAAGACGCUUCCUCAAUGAUAACGACAGCGCUAUCUCUCUCUACGAACAUGGAGCCACGCACAACGAAAGGAAGUACAGUCAAAGGGUCUGUGCCCAAGGAUCAAUGCUCUCCGGGGCAACCGGCAGAAGCAGUAUACUCACGACGAGAAGAAAAUCUCCCACCAGCCCCAUCAUCACCACCACCACCACGAAAAGGAGAAGUGAAGCCAUGGCUACGGGUUUCUUACUUAUUCAACAAAUUGCGAGGGAGAAACAAGCAAUUCCUUGACGCCGCCAUGGCUGGAGACGUGCCUACGAUAAGGAACUUGCUUGAGAAAGGAGUCGACAUCCAUGCGCAAGACCAUUCUCAUGGGACAAGUUCAGCCUUGCAAUUAGCAGCCCAACAUGGAAAGGAAGAUGCAGUACGGUUGCUGCUGUUCGAAGGGGCCGACGUCCAUGCAAAGGAUGGAGAUGGCGCGACGGCGCUACAUCGAGCGGCAAUAUCCGGUCGCGAGCAGAUUAUACGAAUGCUGCUAGACUACGGAGCUGAUAUCGAAUCUAAGCGCUUUCAUGGUAAUACAGCAUUGACUUGUGCGGCCAGAUCGGGAAACUGUUGA